AUGGACCCAAGUCAGGAACUGCAAGACAUACCCCUCGAUACCGCUCCUGAGUCACGAGCAGACCCUCCUCCUGUCCUCACAUACGAACCCGACGACCCGACUUCCCACCAAGACGACGGUGACAUCGAGACAUCGCGUCCUGGCGCCCAGCCUGCAACUGAGCUACCUGAGCAGCCCGUCAUUCCUGCCACCACCACUCCUCUGCCAGAACCUACUCCAACCCCGCCAUCUGAGCAUCCCCCCAAACAUGUCGUUGAUCCUCGUCUUGUCCAGCCCAAUCGCCAGCGUACCGAUUCGCAAUCCACCACUGCUACCUCUCGCUCAGCCACUCGUUCGUCCAUGGUUUUUGUCGUGAGCGCUUUAGAAAAGAUUGCUGCUUCCAAGGAUGCUCGCAAGGAGAAGCCUCUGGCGGACGCUACCCAGCGUGCCCUGUCCACAAUCAAGAGCCAGGGAGAUCCAACCCAGACCGAUCCCGAGAUUCUCUUCGCACCUCUACAGUUGGCUAGUCGUGCGAAUACUGUCGCAAUAGUCACUACUGCUCUGGACUGCAUUGGCAAGCUCAUCAGCUAUUCAUACUUUUCUGUUCCCACCGACCCAAAUCAAGAGAACCAGCAACCUCUCCCACUCAUCGAGCGCGCCAUCGAUACCAUAUGUGAUUGCUUCCAGGGCGAGGCUACUCCUGCUGAGGUGCAAAUGCAAAUCCUCAAAUCCCUACUGGCUGCUAUUCUGAAUGACAAGAUUGUGGUACACGGUGCAGGUCUACUGAAGAGUGUUCGUCAAACAUACAACAUCUUUUUGCUGUCCAAAAACAGCUCGAAUCAACAAAUUGCCCAAGGUACUUUGACACAGAUGGUUGGAACGGUUUUCGAAAGAGUCAAGACACGGAUUGCUGGUCGCGCCGCCAGGGCCGAAACCUCCAAGACUUCCCUCGCCAAUGGUUCUGGCGAGAAUGUCGAGUCGCUCUCGGACAGUGCGGAUACCGAGCUACCGCGAAACUCGACCGAUCUGCAGGAAGACGAGGAAGAAGAUGUCGACACAACCAGAAUGACCCUACAGACCUUCGAGACCAAAAAGAGUUUCGACGAUGCUCGGAUAGGCGACAAUGCUCCUACUAUGGUCACUCGCCUCAAAAAAUCCAGAAUGCCUGCCAGAACCACUUCUGGCAACGAUGGCGUUCCCGCCAUCACCGUGCAGCCCGAUGGCUCUGAUAUCACCGAGGAGGACGAGGAGGAUGAAAUCUUCAUCAAGGAUGCUUUCCUGGUCUUCCGCGCAAUGUGCAAGCUCAGCACAAAGACACUUCGUGUCGAAGAGACUGUUGAUCUCAAGUCUCAAGGCAUGCGCUCCAAGCUACUAUCCCUUCACAUCAUCCAAACAACCAUCUUCAACCAUCAUGCCGUCUUCACAUCACCAUUCGCGACUAUUCGCAGCAGCUCAAAUAAUGAUCCCACGAGUUUCACUCAGGCUAUUAAACAGUAUAUCUGUCUCAGUUUGAGUCGCAACGGAGCUAGCUCAGUCAACAAAGUGUUCGAAAUUAGUUGCGAAAUCUUCUGGCUCAUGAUUCGCUACUUGCGAGUCACGCUUAAGAGAGAGAUUGAAGUUUUCCUCAAGGAGAUUUACCUCGCCAUCUUGGAUAAGAGGACGGCACCUGCAUUCCAAAAGCAAUGCAUCAUCACGGUCUUGACAAGACUGGCUUCAGAUCCAAGGGCACUGGUUGAGAUCUACCUCAACUAUGACUGUGAUCGAGCAGCACUCGACAACUUCUACCAACGUAUCAUUGAACAUAUUUCCAGAAUCGCUAGUUCGCCUGUGCAGGUCACGGCGCAGCAGGAACUGUUGUACAUUGAGCAACAGUCAAAACAUGGCAAUGCUAUGUCCGAGUGGCUGGCCCAGAGUACUCUGCCCCCAUCAUUGUCCACCUCCACCAUCGUCGGUGUUCAAGACGCCAACCAAGAUAUCCCUGCGGAGUAUGUCAUGAAGCAGCAUUCUCUCGAAUGUCUAGUGGAGACACUGCGCUCUAUGGUCAACUGGUCUCAACAAGGUCUCAAUGAUGUCGCCGCAUCUCUUUCAAAUCCCGAAUCACGCAAUUCGAUCGAAGAUUUCAGAGACUCGAUUGACACUCGCGAAAAUGGUGCUUCUCAGUCGCCUAUAGUACCGAGCAUGGAGACUUCUGCGACCGUGAUUCCUGGCACCCCUCUCGCUGAGGAUGAUCCCGCUGAGCUUGAACGAGUGAAGCAACACAAGACCGCUCUCAACAAUGCCAUCAAGCAGUUCAACUUCAAGCCCAAGAAGGGUGUCAAGGUCCUGAUCGCUGGUGGCUUCAUCGCCUCGGAUUCCCCUCAAGAUAUCGCUCGGUUCCUCAUCACCAAUGACAGACUGGACAAGAAAGCACUGGGUGAAUAUCUUGGAGAAGGUGAACCAGAAAACAUUGCCAUCAUGCAUGCCUUUGUUGACAGUAUGAAUUUUACCAAAACACGAUUCGUCGAUGCUCUUCGAAACUUCUUGCAGAGUUUCCGUCUGCCAGGAGAGGCUCAGAAAAUUGAUCGUCUAAUGUUGAAAUUCGCUGAAAGAUACACUGGAGGUAAUCCCAAUGCAUUUGCGAAUGCCGAUACCGCCUACGUGCUAGCCUAUUCGGUUGUCAUGCUCAACACCGACCAGCACAGUGCGCAAGUCAAGGUUCGUAUGACUCCAGAAGAUUUCAUCAAGAACAAUCGCGGCAUCAACGACGGUCAGAGUCUGCCGGAUGAUUACCUGAAGUCCAUCUUUGAGGAAAUUGCCCAAAACGAAAUCGUACUAGAUACUGAACGCGAGAAUGCUGCCAACCUGGGCAUGCUGCCACAAGGCGCUGGUAGCUUGGCCGCAAAUAUUGGUCAAGCAGUUGCCAACUUUGGACGUGAUUUGCAGAGGGAGGCGUAUGCUCAAGCUUCGGACCAAAUGGCCACCAAGACCGAACAGCUCUUCAAAAACCUCAUGAAAGCGCAACGUCGUGGGGCUGCCAGAUCGUCUACGGUGAGGUUCAUUCCUGCAUCUUCAUUCAAACAUGUCGGCCCGAUGUUCGAAGUAACAUGGAUGUCCUUCCUGACUGCUCUUUCUGGCGGAACCCAAGAGACGAACAACAUCGAACGGAUCAAGCUCUGCAUGGAAGGUCAAAAGCUGGCCAUUCGCAUCUGCUGUCUGUUUGACCUUACAGACCCCAGACAAGCUUUCAUCGCCCAGCUGACUCGUUUCACGAAUCUCUACAACAUUGGCGAGAUGAAAGCCAAGAACAUCGAGGCUCUGAAAGCGGUUCUCGAUGUCGCCCAGCAUGAAGGCAACCUGCUCAAGGAGUCAUGGCGAGACGUUCUCACUUGUAUCAGUCAACUUGACAGAUUCCAACUCAUAUCCACUGGUAUCAGCGAAGGUGAUGUUCCCGAUAUGCUGAGGACCCAUUCUUCCAUGAGCACUCCUAACCGGAAAUCUCUCGGUGUUCCUCCUCGUCACCGCAAUAGAAACUCUGUCAGCGGAGUAGUGUAUCAGCCUGACAUUGCCGAAGAGAGCAGAUCUGCCGACAUGGUGCGUAGUGUCGAUCGGAUCUUUACCAAUACUGCAAAUCUGUCUGGAGAGGCAAUUGUACACUUCGUCACGGCUCUUACACAAGUCAGCUGGCAGGAGAUCCAGUCUUCAGGCAAUAGCGAGUCACCCAGAACAUACAGUUUGCAAAAACUUGUCGAGAUCAGUGGCUACAACAUGACCCGUGUGCGUUUUGAAUGGACGAGUAUCUGGCAAGUUUUAGGUGAACACUUUAUACAGGUCGGCUGCCACAACAACACCAACGUUGUUUACUUUGCUCUCAACUCGUUGAGACAACUGUCCAUGCGUUUCAUGGAGAUCGAAGAACUGCCUGGUUUCAAGUUCCAGAAGGAUUUCUUGAAGCCUUUCGAGCACAUUCUCAGCAAUGCCACACAAGUUCCUGUCAAGGACAUGGUUUUGCGUUGUCUGAUCCAGAUGAUCCAAGCUAGAGGUGACAAUAUCCGUUCCGGUUGGAAGACCAUGUUCGGUGUCUUUACUGUCGCAGCGCGUGAACCCUAUGAAUCGAUCGUCAACCUUGCCUACGAUAACGUCACACAGGUCUAUAACGAUCGCUUCGCCGUGGUCAUCACCCAGGGCGCUUUUGCCGAUCUUAUCGUGUGCUUGACUGAGUUUUCCAAAAACCAAAAAUUCCAGAAGAAGUCUCUACAGGCCAUCGAGAUGCUCAAAUCUUCUGUAGCGAAGAUGCUUCGUACACCUGAAUGUCCACUCAGUCUCAAGGCCAGUACCGUCAAAGAUGCUCCUACAGCGGAGGGCAUGCCCAAGCAGCCUACCAGACAAACUCAGGAAGAGCAGUUCUGGUUCCCCGUUCUGUUUGCCUUCCACGAUGUGUUGAUGACUGGUGAUGACCUCGAAGUCCGAUCUAGGGCACUCAACUACUUGUUCGAGACAUUGACACGUUACGGCGGCGAAUUCCCUCGCGAGUUCUGGGAUACUUUGUGGCGCCAAUUGCUAUACCCCAUCUUCAUGGUUCUCAAGUCGAAGUCGGAAAUGUCAAAGGCCCUCAACCACGAAGAGCUCUCAGUCUGGCUAUCGACAACCAUGAUUCAAGCACUCCGCAACAUGAUCAGUCUCUUUACGCAUUUCUUCGACUCUCUUGAGUACAUGCUUGACAGAUUCCUGGAUCUCCUAGCACUUUGCAUAUGUCAAGAGAACGACACUCUGGCGAGAAUUGGCAGCAACUGCUUGCAACAAUUGAUCCUUCAAAACGUUCACAAGUUCACUCCCGAGCACUGGGAGAAGGUCGUCGGUGCUUUCGUUGACUUGUUCGCAAGAACUGAGGCAACCGCUCUCUUCUCUGCAGCAACAUCUUCCUCCUACAGGAAAGACUCGAGUGCCUCGAACGGUUCCAAGGCUACCUCAGCAUCAAUGGAUGGUCUACAAAUGGACGAGUCUUCUUCUGCGGACCCAGCAUCCAUAGUUCCUGAAAGCUCUCUCGGACUCAAUGGUGGAGAACCCUCGCCGAACGAGGGAACACCCAGACGUUCUCGUGGGAACACCACGGCUACUAUGCAGUCUGAUCGAAGCCUGUCGCCUUCGAAGCAGGCACAGAUCGGCGAUACUAAUGAGCUUGAGUCCUUCAACAACACAUCGCAAACACCCAAUGCACCGGUCGUUGUCACGGCCGCACGCCGCCGCUUCUUCAACCAGAUCAUCACCAAGUGUGUCUUGCAAUUGCUGAUGAUUGACACGGUUAGCGAGCUGUUCUCCAACGAUUCCGUUUACACGGCCAUUCCGUCCCAUCUUUUGCUGCGCUUAAUGUCGCUACUGAAGAAGUCUUACCACUUUGCCAAACGCUUCAAUGAGGAUCGCGAUCUACGUACGAAGUUGUUCAGAGAGGGCUUCAUGCGUCAGCCACCAAACCUGCUCAAGCAGGAGUCAGGGUCCGCCUCGGUAUACGUGAGUAUUCUUCUGCGCAUGUUCUCGGAUGAAGGAGAAGAGCGCAAAGCAUCACGCGCAGAGACCGAGCAGGCACUGAUUCCUCUGUGUGCGGAUAUUGUCAAUUCGUACAUUGAGCUCGACGAGGAGACACAACAACGCAACAUUGUUACUUGGCGACCUGUUGUUGUUGACGUGCUCGAGGGGUACACGGCGUUCCAUGCCGAAGACUUCGAACGCCAUGCUACCACAUUCACGCCGCUGGCCGUUGGCCUCAUGAAUCGCGACAUGGGCCCUGAGCUUCAGCGGGCAGUACAAGGACUUUGGGCUCGUGUCACCGAGAUCAAGUUUGGAGUAAAGACAUUUGCUCAUAGAAAUGCUUCAGGAAUGGCCAGUCCCACUAGACCGUCCAUGUUCAGUGGGCGUCGUUCGAGUAGGGGAAGUCGUUAG